UAGUUUCAGGCCCAUUCUCGCUAAGCGCCACGUAGAUUUUUAUUUCUUUACUCAUUUUUUAUGUCGCAUCUUCCCCAUUUCGUUUUCAACCUGAUUUCUCCAUUUCCCUCUCUUAUCCUCAAUGAAAAAAAUAAUCUGAGAAAACGCAAAAGAAGAACGGAGCAAAAUCCUCAGAAUCGUCGCCGGAGAAUCUUUACGUUUCGACAUAAUCGGAAUUUUGGAAUUGAUAAUUCCGAUGGAAGGGGUUAUCACAUGUUUCCAUACGAAAUGCGUCUCUCUUCCAAUUCGUUCUUUCCCACUUUCUAGGGUUUCUUCACUUCCUCGGUGGAGGAACAAUAAAUUGAUCUCUUCAUCGCGAUCGGUUCAUCUAAGAAGCUUGUGCGUUUCGAGCUCAGAUACUUUAGUCGCGAGCGGUUCACCAAAGGAAGACGAGAGGCAGAGCAAAGUAUCGAGCAAGAAGGAAGGAGAUGACUCCGAGGAUUUGAAGUUUUGGAUGGAUAAGAAUGGGUUGCCACCUUGCAAGGUUAUUCUCAAGGAGAGACCAGCUCAUGAUCAGAAGCAUAAACCUAUACAUUAUGUUGCUGCUAGUGAGGAUCUUCAGAAGGGUGAUGUGGCGUUUUCAGUUCCUGAUUCUCUGGUGGUUACUCUGGAAAGAGUUUUGGGAAACGAGACUAUUGCUGAACUGUUGACGACGAACAAAUUAUCCGAACUGGCUUGUCUAGCUUUGUAUUUGAUGUAUGAGAAGAAACAAGGAAAGAAAUCAGUAUGGUAUCCCUAUAUAAGAGAACUUGAUCGUCAAAGAGGAAGAGGUCAGUUAGAUGCGGAAUCCCCUUUGCUGUGGUCAGAGGCUGAGUUAGAUUACCUAACUGGUAGUCCUACCAAGGCCGAAGUUCUUGAGAGGGCUGAAGGGAUCAAAAGAGAAUACAAUGAGCUUGACACUGUCUGGUUCAUGGCUGGAUCUUUGUUUCAGCAAUACCCAUUUGACAUACCAACUGAAGCUUUUUCAUUUGAGAUUUUCAAACAGGCAUUUGUUGCCAUUCAGUCAUGUGUGGUGCAUUUACAAAAUGUCGGUUUGGCUCGUCGGUUUGCUUUGGUUCCUCUUGGUCCUCCCUUGUUGGCCUAUUGUUCCAACUGCAAGGCAAUGCUUACUGCUGUUGAUGGUGCUGUUGAACUCGUGGUAGAUAGGCCAUAUAAGGCCGGGGAUCCUAUAGUUGUCUGGUGUGGGCCACAACCAAAUGCGAAAUUGCUUCUGAACUAUGGAUUUGUUGAUGAGGAUAACCCUUAUGAUAGAGUAAUAGUUGAGGCAGCGUUGAACACUGAGGAUCCUCAAUACCAGGACAAGAGAAUGGUUGCUCAAAGGAACGGAAAAUUAUCCCAACAAGUAUUUCAGGUUCGUGUGGGAAAAGAAAGAGAAGCUGUUCAAGACAUGCUUCCCUACCUGCGGUUGGGUUACAUGUCUGAUCCUUCUGAAAUGCAGUCAGUAAUUUCAUCCCAAGGUCCAGUUUGUCCGAUGAGCCCUUGUAUGGAAAGAGCAGUACUAGAUCAGCUUGCUAAUUACUUCAUGAGACGGUUAUCUGGCUACCCUACUACUCCGAAAGAAGAUGAUGCAUUGUUGGCAGAUCCUAGUUUGAGUCCUAGGAAGCGAGUUGCAACCCGGCUUGUCCAACUGGAGAAGAAAAUACUAGUUGCAUGCCUUACGACAACAGUUGAUCUUUUAAAUCAGUUGCCCGAUACAGCCAUCUCUCCAUGCCCAGCACCAUAUGCUCCUUCCUUGAAAUAAAAAGGUUCGUGUUGUAGCUGCAAUUUGUGGGACAUGGCAGGAGUAAUUUUUGGUCGUGUCCUUGAUCAUUACAAUCUGAGGUCGCUUAACUACGGUCAGUUUUUGUGUGUACAAGUCUAGAUCUGAUCCUUUGCGGCUCGAAAACAUGACUAGGAAGUUUCCAAAAUAAUUUUGAUUUUGUAAGAUUUCUUGCUAGCUACAAAGCCGAAAUCUAUCUCCUUAUAGAUGGUUUAUUGUUGUUUAUGAAUUCAGAAGUUGAUGAUUUCAAAGUUUUAAUGCAUUGCAAAUUGCAAUUGCAGGUAGAUAAGGGUACUAGGAGCGUUAUCUGCCGCUUGACACGCAAAUGUUUCAGCAUAUGAUUGUCCUUUUUUUCUUACAACAAUGAAGCCUUAAGUCGCAUUGUUCAAAGUGUACAUACAUGAAUGAACCUUCUUGUUCUUCCCCAACUCCCUCUGUAAUGUUUUAUCUCUGUUUUAGAAAUUUAGAAUUUAUCAUUUCCAAAAAAAAUGAAUAACGAAAUUGAGC